AUGGAUGCAAGCUGUCAGUGUGGCGCCGUGACCUUCAAAACACCUCUUCGGCACCCUCUCGCCCUUUAUAUCUGCCACUGCGCCGAAUGUCGGCGGCAAACGAGCUCGGCCUUUGGGGUAUCGGCCAUCUUUCCUCGGUUUCCUUUGCCCAGUGAGGCGCUUCUGAGUUGUUACAAGAGGCCAAACCCCAAUGGUGAAUUCUUAGAAUGUUACUUCUGCAAGCAAUGCGGGACUCGCCUGAUCCAUUCCACGGCUGGUAAGAACUUCGUUUCCGUCAAGGGCGGAUGUCUCGAGGGAUUGGACUGGUCGAAAGCAAUUCACAUCUGGACGAAGAGCGCCAUGGUGCCCAUACCGGAAGACGCAACACGCUCGGAAGAGGAAUGCUCGGUGUUCGAAGCGUUCUGUUCGUCGCAGGAAUCGCUGGAUCAGCCACAUACUGUGCGGGGGGCCACAGGAGAAAGGGUCUCAAGCAAACACAAUUGGUAGCAGGGCAUCUUGGGAUAGUGUGAUGGUAAAGUUUGAGGUAGUUUGAAUGAAGGGUUGAGACUCGAGAUAUCAUUUGGAGGAAAUAUCAAUACUAGGAAGCACCAUGUGAUAGAAUGGAAUUCAGAAGUUAGCAAUGA